GGUGUUGCAGAGACAAUGCGUCGAAACGGGCAGUCAGACACAAUGAGUUCUCCAAUGGCACAACCAGUAUCUCCAGGCAUGUUGCGUCGUUCAACGAUGACUCAACAAGGAUCUCCAGGCAUGUUGCGUCGUUCAAUGAGCGGCAACUCGGGUUUGAACAACUUGGCCAAUUCAUCGAGUUUCGUUCGUCGUAAUAACGAACGCGAUGGAAUGGGAAACAAUGUUGGAGUCAGUCCCGGAGGCAGCAAUGCCGCCUACCGCGCCUCACUGGUCUCGCACUACGCCGAAGAUUUGGAUAGGCGUCGUCGCGCUGAACGAGCCGUCGAAGAUAUCCGCACCGAUGGAAUGACUUCCGACAAUCUGAAGAUCGAGUCUGUUGAGCUGUUCGCACGGGACAACGCCCGCGAGCAUCGCACUGAUCGCUACGAGUUGGUUCUCGACAACGGCCGAGACAUUGGAUCGUCAUCUUCAAUGGUUAUGUCCAGAUCGAUGACUAACAUGUCCUCAUUGUCAUCGAUGGACUACCGUUCAUCUUCUUCGUCGUCCACUACUGUUCUUCGUCGUGGCCAGCCUUUCUUCAUGGCUGUGCGCAUGAAGGACCGCAACUUUGAUCCUCGUCGCGAUAUCCUCCGAGCAUCCUUCAGCUUUGGCCCGAAUCCUCAGGUUACCAAGGGAACCAAAGUUGUUUUGCCCUUCCGCAUGAACCAACGCGAAUUUAACCGAGCCCCGCAAAAGUGGGACAUGCGCCUUCAUCAACAGGAGGGUUUCAACAUCACUUUCCAAGUCCAUAUCCCUGCCAACGCACUAGUCGGACUUUGGCGUGUGACCAUUGAAACCACCACGGCGACGCCCGGCGCCCGUGUCGACGAAUUCCGUUUCAAGGAUGACAUUUACAUCUUGUUCAACCCCUUCUGCCGAGAUGACCCAGUUUACUUGGACAACGAGGAACUUCGCAAGGAGUAUCUGAUGAAUGAAUCAGGCAAGGUGUACGUUGGCACCCAUAACCGCCCCAAAGGCCGUCGUUGGAUCUACGGACAGUUCUCUGAUGUUGCUCUGCCAGCUGCCCAGCUUUUGUUGGAACAAUCUGGACUCAACCCAACUGAAAGAGGCAACCCCGUCCAAGUUGUCCGCGCCAUCGCCUCAAUCAUCAACGCAACCGAUGGUUUCGGUUUGUUGGAAGGCAAAUGGGAAGGCUCAUUCGAAGACGGAGUUUGCCCAUGGGUAUGGACCGGAAGCUCCAAAAUCUUCGAGCACUACUUGCGCAAUGGAUCCAAACCAGUCAAAUACGGCCAAUGCUGGGUGUUCGCCGCUGUGGCUACUUCCAUCUUCCGCGCUUUGGGUAUCCCAUCUCGUCCCGUGACCAAUUUCGUUUCCGCACGCGACACCAACCACACCAUGUCGGUCGACAAGUACUUCGAUGUCUUUGGCGAUGAAAUGAAAGGUGGCCCAGAUGGCGACAAUCAGGAUGCCAUGUGGAACUUCCAUGCAUGGACUGAAGUAUGGAUGUCACGCCCCGAUCUCCAAACUGGAUUCAACGGCUGGCAGGCAAUUGACCCCACUCCUCCUCCUCAGUUCUGGCAGAAAAACGGUGGAGACAAGAAGAACCGUGGACCAUGGGCUGUUGAAGAAUUCCGACGAGGCCCAUCUUCCGUCGAGUCUGUUCGUCGUGGCGAAGUUGGAUUCGCUUACGAUACUCCCUACUUGUUUGCCGAAGUCAACGCUGAAGUUAGCCACUUCCAAGAGGAUGAGACUUCACACUGGGGAUUCAGGAAAAUCCGUGUCAACAACUAUCAAGUUGGCCGCAUGAUCUUGACCAAGCGACCAGGAGCUGAUGAUGAUGUCAGUGAUGCCGAUGCUGAAGAUAUUUCUAGUCUAUACAAGAACCCCGAUGGCAUGUCCCGCUACCAGAAACAAGGAGACGGAUGCUUUAACUCUCUCUUUAAUCAAGGAAUGUCAUCUUCCUAUUCAGAUAUGAGAGAUCGUGAGAGAGACAGAGAUAUGAAGCUCUUCCCAACUGGUUCACCUGCGGAGCGAUUGUCUGCCAUGAACGCAUCUCGCAGCGUCGAGAAAUCGCAGCCUAUGUUUGAAGCUCAUCGACCGACCAACGAAGAUGUUUACUUCGACUUGAUUGACCAAGAAAAGGUUGCCUGGGGACAGCCGUUCAACUUCCAAGUUCAAAUUCAGAACCGCUCCCAAGAAAUGAGGACCAUCACGACAAUCCUGUCUGCUAACUCCGUCUAUUACACUGGAGUUACCGCUCGCCGUCUUGGACGCUGCGACCGUCAGUUCGUCCUUCAACCUGGAGGCCGAGAAACUAUGCAAAUCCGUAUCAGCUGGGAUGAGUACCGCGACAAAAUUGUCGACUAUGGGCAUAUCAAGAUCUAUGCCAUGGCAUCCGUACAAGAAACCAAGCAGUGUUGGAGCGAAGAAGAGGACUUCCAGCUUGAGAAACCCAAGCUGGAUGUUCAGAUCCGAGGAAAUCCCCAGGUUGGCCAGGAUUGCUUCGCCACGUUUAGUUUCAUGAACCCCAUUUCAGUCACUUUGACCGAGUGCGAGUUCACUUUCGAAGGGCCUGGUCUGGUACGCGCCCAGACGGUUAAAUACCGUGACGUGAAACCGGGAGAGAUGAUCAGCUUCGUCCAGAAGUUCAUGCCUCGCUUCAAUGGUGAGCGCAAACUUGUUGCUACUUUCAACUCCCGCGAGUUGGGCGACAUUAUUGGUUCCCGUCCGAUCCAUGUCCGUGAUUAAGAUACAAUUCUUUCUAAAACCGGAUUAUGGAUUUCCUUUGACAUCAUGAUCUCGACAUCUAAACGAACUCGGACUUGCCCAAGGAACAUUGUUGAAAAUUAGUCAAGUAUUCUUUUUGCCUUCUCUGCACCUUUCACACCCCUUUCAUCGACAGUUAGUCGCAUUCUAGUGAUGACUGGCCAUUCUUCUUGUUAUUCUAACAUUCACUUCCCAACGGUGUUGGUCUUUAAUUGCAGUUUAUCAUUUUUUACCUCUGAAUGAUGUUUUAUCGGUUUGAAUAAACUUCAUCAAGUAAA